AUGCCCAAGCACGGCUUCGAAUUCGGCCACUCCGACAACAUUCCAAACAGCACAAACAUGACAUCAAACACCACCUCCGCUGCCGACUCUCUCGGCCAGAAGAAAGACACAAACGCUAUCCCUCAGGAGAAUCCCUCAAUCAUCUCCUCUGCCGGCGCAAUCGGCAAGCAAUUCAACCCAGACGGUGCCAUCGGCCAAAUUGGCGAGAAGAUUGGUGGCCCGCUGAGUAGCCAGGGUGCUAUCGGCAGUCAGUUUGAUGCGAGUAAAGAUGGGAUUGCGGGACAUGUCGAAAGAGCGGUUGAUGGACCAAGGAAUCCGGCGGGCAGCGGGUCGAAGUAA